AUGGCCAGCAAGCUCUGCAGAAGCAGCAGGGCCCUGGCCUCUGCCCUGCGGUCCGCGAAGCCGUCGUCGUCGUCGUCGUCGUCGCCAGCUAUCAGAUGCCUCUCGACCACCAGCCGUAACCUCAUCAACAUGCCCGAAGGCGCCAACCCGCGGCACUUCCCCCGUGAGCCCCAGGGCACCUUGACUGCAGCUCUGGUCAACCCGGCCGACAAGUACCAGUCCAAGGCCGACAAUCUCCACAAGUACGGGUCGUGGCUCAUGGGCUGUCUCCCCAAGUACAUCCAGCAAUUCUCGGACAACACGGCGGCCGAAUACACCCAAGUCAGUGACAUCACCGCGGUUGAUUUCCCCACCAAGGACCAGCGCUUCGAGGUGGUCUACAAUCUGCUGAGCGUGCGCCACAACUCAAGAAUCCGCGUCAAGACGUACGUCGACGAGGUGUCCCCCGUGCCCAGCAUCACCCCGCUCUACAACGGCGCCAACUGGUACGAGCGCGAGGUCUACGAUCUCUUUGGCGUCUUCUUCACCGGCCACCCGGACUUGCGCCGUAUCAUGACCGACUACGGCUUCGAUGGCCACCCGCUGCGCAAGGACUUCCCCAUGACCGGCUACACCGAGAUCCGCUGGGACGAGGAGAAGAAGCGCAUCGUCACGGAGCCGCUGGAGAUGACGCAGGCCUUCCGCAACUUUGAGGGUGGAUCCAGCGCUUGGGAGCAGGUUGGCAGUGGUAUCGACCGCAAGCCCGAGUCCUUCAAGCUCCCAACGCCGAAGCCGGAGACCAAGGUUGACGAGAAGAAGUAA